AUGGAGUCUGGCGAGCAUAAUGGGCCCAGUGCGAGGCGUCCUGCCAUGCCUGGACCGCCCGCAAAGCGGCGACGGAAGCAGCGGCAGAAUGCUGGUCGACAAGUGCUCGCAAGAAAAGAGGAUGGCAAUGAACCCCUCAUGGUGGCUGUUAAGCAGGAGAAUCCGGAGUUUGACAGGUCCUCUUCUGCCGAGGAAGCUGCAGAGGAGUCUGGACAACCAGAUCAGGAGGUCGUCUCGGCUCGAGUCGAGGCCGAGAAGCGCUGCCGUGAGGAGCUGCAAAAACGGCUGAAGGCAGAGGAAGAGGAGCUCAGACGGCGACAAAUCAAUCCACCCGAGAGGACCCCGGUGGUGGUGCCUGCUCGGAUCCAGGUGCCCUCGCUGCUCAGUGAAGUGGAGCGCCGGGCCCGCGCGGAACUCCAGGCGAGGCUCAAGGAAGAGGAGCGCCUUAUUCAAGAAGAGAGGGCCAAAGCCCAGCUUCAAGCGAGGCUGCAGGCUGAAGCUGCGCAGGCACAGGCCAAGGCUAUGGCAGAGGCACAGAAGGCGCAGGCGGAGGCCGCAAAGGCUCGUGCCAAGGCGGAGACUGAGGCCCAAGCCCGUGCGCGGGCAGCAGAGGAGGCCAGGCAGAAGGCGAAGAGCGAGGCCGAGGCGAGUGCGGCAAGGGCCAAGGCCAAGGCGAAGCUCGAGCAGCAGCGGGCCGCGGCAAAAGCCAAGGUCGUUGCUCGCCCAGAGCAAGAGGUGAAGGCCAAAGCCAAGGCAGCAACGCCGGCCGCAGGUGCCAGCCGAGCCCCACCGCCAGCGCAGGCGGAAGAUGCGCUCGUCGCGGUCAAGAAGGAGACUUCCAGGUCUCCGAGCCCUGGCCAGGAGGCUUCCAAAGCGGGCCGGCCUCGCAAGGCCGAGGAGAAGAUGCCGCCGCAGCACGUGGAGGAGAAGUCACGGCCUGCUCCGACGAAGCAGAAGCCUGUGCCGGUGGCUGCUCGCGGCCCGCGGCCAGAGGGUGUAAAGGCUUCAGCGUCGAAAGCCAAGGCUACUCCGCCUCUACAGCAAGGAAGCAAAGCCAAGCCAGGCGUCUCGGCGUCUAGGAAGAACGGCGGCCCGGCCAACGUUUCUCGAGAUCGCUCCCUCGCUGCCCUCUGUGCACCUCUGCUCGCUUCCAACAUUGAGGCGCUCUCAGUCGCAUGGCCGCUGAGGCAAGAGGAGCAGAGGGUUUGUUCCAAGCUGCGGGAGGGUGAGACAGGCGUGCUCCUGCCUCUUUUCAAAGAUGAGUGGUCCUGGAAUUUGGACCUCCGGCGAGUGCUCUACUUCUUGGGCCUGGGCUACCUCUUCUGCGGUGUAGGGGUUGUGUCGGACAUUUUUAUGAGCUCCAUCGAGGAGAUCACGGCGAAGACCACGAAGAAGAUGAAUCCGACCACCGGGGACUUCGUGAGGGUGAAGGUCUGGAAUGCCACAGUUGCCAACCUGACCCUGAUGGCACUUGGUUCUUCAGCGCCGGAGAUCUUGCUGAGUAUCAUUGAGCUUGUUGGCAACCGAAUGUACAGUGGCGAGCUGGGACCCUCAACGAUUGUGGGCAGCGCAGCCUUCAACCUACUUUGCAUCAUUGCCGUUUGCAUUUGUGCGAUCCCAGCCGGGGAGGUGCGCAAGAUCAAAGAGGUUCCCGUGUUCGUCGUCACGACUUGCUUCUCCAUCUUCGCCUACUUGUGGCUUCUCAUGAUUCUUCUGGUCACCAGCCCCAACGUGGUCGAGAUCUGGGAAGGUGUUUUCACAUUCCUCUUCUUCUGGAUUUUGAUUGCUAUCGCAUACAUGGCCGACCGUGGAUAUUUUGGUUGCAGGUCGGCAGAGGACGAGGAGGACGAAGAGGCUCAGCAGUACCGAAGCAGGGUCAUCAGUGCCGAGCUCAGCGCGGAGGAUUUGGCGAAGAUCCAGAGCCACCUCCUGCAGGUCCACGGCCACCACCUCACAGACGAAGAGCUCAUCAAGCUCAUCGAGGCCGAGCAGAAGGCCGAAACUCCCCGGACGAAGGAUCCCACCGGCGCGAACAUGCGAAAGGUUGCUCCCAUGGAUGCAGAGGAGGCUCCAGCGGCGAAGAUCGCAGGCCAGGGAGACAACGUGACUCCACCAAAGGCCUUGGACCUAAGCUGGUCCGUUGAGGGUGGCUUGCUGGGGCUAGCAGCUGGAGUCUUUUCCAGAACAGAAGAAUGGAGCCUGCAGGGGGCAAGGAAGUGGGAGGAGGGAGUUGGGGCGCAGCUCCAGCUCUUCAGCAUACCGGCCGCAUCCCCGGGCGCCAGCAUGAAGCCACAGGGAGCCCCUGUUGCCACUUGCUACGCAGCUAAUGAUGGUGUGGAAAACACGAAGCUCCGAGCUUCUCCGCGGUGGAAGAAACAGAUGGACUUGUGGAAGUUCGAGCUUGAGAUCCUCGAGGAGAAGUGGGGUGUGAAGGUGUGGCGUCAGUUAGACGGCUCGCUUGUGAUAAAGGGACACAUGGAGUCGUUCAGUGAUUGCGUCGUCCAUAUGGAGCAUGCCAUGAAGGAAUUGGAGAAACAAGGUGUCAAAGUGCAUGAGAUUGCAGGUGGCUAUGUGAUGUUCAGGCAUGCGAAUCUUUGGGAUGUGCAAGAGAAUGACGCUUACAUCUACAUUGGUGAAGAUGACCUCGAGAAGAUCUACGAAGAGGAGAACGACAUGGUACCAGGUGCGGUGUUGUCGGACACUGGGCCAGAGCAUGCCGAAAUGCUCUUGACGACAGAGGACGUGCCUCGGCAGCGCGGCAUCGUGGAUAUAGCGGCCCAAGGCGGCCUCGUGGGCAAGGCAGCCCUCUUGCAGCUGACAGCCUACGUGGAGGAGGACAUGGCCGAUGCUCCAAUGGCUGAUGACCUUGUUGAAGAUGAUCUUCCAGAUGUGGAGACACUGGUCAAAAGAACAGAGUUCAGAGGACAGUUCGCGGAUGUCCAGCGGGAGCUCUCGUUCGACGCAGCCAGAUCUCCAUGGCAGGCUGGAAAGACUGAGCGUGCCGGAGCCCACUACAAGCGUGUCUAUGACAAGGCGAUCGACUCUACCUUUGCAAGUUCGUGGGGAGAGAUCUAA